AUGCCGAUGUCAGCCACCGCCGUACAGCAAGUGGCGCACGAACAUGCUGGAGCCCCCGCACCCACCCCCACCCAGGGAGUGAGCAGGGCCAGUGGAGAGCGAAGCCCUUCUGGAACCAGUGGCCCAACGCAGGGUGAUCCAGGCCGGAUGACCGGCACGGACCAAGACCCAGCUGGUCCGUCGCAGCGUAACCGACCGCCAACUAACGGGGUCACCAUUGGGGACCUCCUGAAUGGAAGCCACGAGUUCCGCGAGGACACUAGUGGCCAACACGAAGACCAACCAGGCAACGUAGCAGCAGACGAAGAUAGUCUCGAGCUUGUACGUAAAGCGUACAACAAUGGGGUGCGUGACACGGAGCAACUUCUUCGCCUCGCCGAAAAUGCGCAGCCGACUCCGCCACGCGAUGCCCCGUUCAGCGUCCAAGCCCGCUUCGGCGGAAGCCUCCAAAACUUGACGAGACCGAAGAUCAUCGCGAACCUGAAACUAAUCGACGACAAUCCAGUCAUUCGGGAACUGCUGGACAAGCACGCCAUCGUUCACGUGCACAAACUGCCUCGAAACCAGCUGAUGUUUUACGUGGACUCCAAGAAGACCAAGAAGAAACUCGGGUUCCUCGGAAAAAAACUGGAGUUUGAGGUCUGUGAUCCACUUUCAGACAACUACUCCAUCGACAUCAUGGGAGUACGCAGCCAAACCACUGCAAGGACAGUGUUCCAUGCGCUGGUGAUAAUGGGCUGCAAGCCAAUUUACUACAACGCGACGUUCAUCAGCGGGGAAACACAGGUCUCCCCGGGGAUCCUCCGCUACUACCUGGCAAGCAAUGCGUGCCCUCCAAGCCUAUUGGUGAACGGCUCUGUCUGCUCCCAGUUUCUAAUGGACGGUGCCUUAUACGCAGUUAAAGGUAGAGAUGCGCCUCCCCAGCACUAUCACCUCCAACCAAGCAAAAUGGCUCCAAAUUGUCUGGACCUGAGCAAGCUGCCGUUCGAAGAUCGGCGCCACAAUGCGCUAAAUGCUGCAAAACAACGCAGCAAGGCACCCAAACAAACGGGAGAGAAGCGAGGCCGGGAUCGAGACGUCGCAGCGCCCGUUGCACCGACUCCACUCGUCACUGAUGAAGUGAUGCGUAGUGUUGAAACAGAAGAUCCAAACUUGAGCCCCGUCGAACACGCCAGCGAGCACGACGGCAACCCGCUUGACCUAUCCCUGGAUGUGAACAUGGACUCCGAUGUGUCACAGCCUACUACACCUACAGUCGACUUCCCAAGUGACGCGUUUGCGCAUCCGCCAAAGUGCCUCCAAAGUCGACGAACUGGCCCACCACCUACUGCAUCUUCGCAGUCAUGGAACUCUCCGAACUUCUGGAGUCAUCUCGAGGGUCUAGACCCCGAGCUGGAAUGCCUCGAGACAAACCCUGCUGAAAACGGGGAUUCAGGGUACCAAAUAGUAGUAACCCGCAUCAGCCCAUCGGACGAGAGUGUCAACAGCAACGAGUACGGGUACUACCAUGAAAAAAAGAAAAGCAAAGUGCAAUUGUCUACCAAUCCCGUCACUGUCCGUGAAUGGAUCCCGGUGAUGGCAGAAAGUAUCUCCAAGUCCAAGCAGCUCUUCCAGGAAGAACAAAAAGAGACGCUUUCCACGGACAUCAACUCCGAGGCUAUCAUGAAAGAAAUAAACAAGAACCGCCUAGCGUUCCUGAUCAAGGUCUCGCGAUGGAUGCAUCAGAAGUCUGAGUUGGUGGAAGAGUUACCGCGCGUCCACCUGUGGUUUCGCUACGUACACUCUUCUGUAGCCAAUGGCAACAAAUUCCCCACAAAGUGGAAAAAGCUCACGGGCUUUGCAGCUCCCUCAUCCCGCCCAGCACUAUUUAAACGCACGGCGGAGAUGCUUGUGAGCAUGAGCGACGAGGCAAAGUUGUACGAUACGUCCUUGGCGCUCGCCCUGUUCGAACUGAUGCUGAUUGCCGCAACACCUGGCAUUUUUAACAACGACUACUGGAUUCAAACGUUGGCAAAGACCCACGUCCCGUGGAUCCAGACCUCAGAGGGAAGGCUUCUACACCCGAAUGUGCUCAUUGCACUUCUCCGAACGGAGUGUGGUGAAACGAUCCUCACGCGCAUGUUAACUUCUGGGUGGGAGCACUCAAUCAUGUACACACUCACCCAGUUUCGAGACGGACAGUCGUGGCUAACCGAGGAAGCCGCCAUGCUCCAAAUGCAAGUGCGGGACGGCCACCUUCUGUUGGCAGCUGGCCCGCUGCACAUUGAGUGCUAA